AUUAAAAAAAAAGGAAGUACAACAUUACAAUAAAGUUGCUUUGGUAUAAUAUAUGACUUUGGAUAUCUCUAUGACUCAUGCGCAGAUGGGCCACUCGAUUCAUUCUGAUCAUUACCUCGGCCAUGUUCGUUAAUAUUUUUCAGAAGUGGUGAAGUUUCGGAUUGUUUUCUUGAAAAGAAUAUUCCAAGUUCCGGCCUAAAAAUGGCAGGGAAUACCGGAAUGGAGCAGCUUAUUCCAAUUGUGAAUAAGCUGCAGGAUGCUUUCACACAACUGGGUGUUCAUAUGACUUUGGAUUUGCCACAAAUCGCUGUAGUGGGCGGACAAUCCGCUGGAAAAAGUUCGGUUUUAGAGAAUUUCGUUGGAAGAGACUUCCUUCCUAGAGGAUCUGGAAUUGUUACUCGAAGGCCACUCAUUUUGCAGCUUAUUAAUGCAAAUACUGAAUAUGCGGAAUUUUUACACUGCAAAGGAAAAAAAUUCGUGGAUUUUGAAGAAGUUCGCAAGGAAAUCGAGGCUGAAACAGACCGAGUCACUGGAAGCAAUAAGGGUAUAUCAAACAUACCCAUUAACCUGAGGGUAUACUCUCCAAACGUUUUAAACUUAACAUUGAUCGAUUUACCUGGCUUAACCAAAGUGCCGAUUGGUGAUCAACCAAUUGAUAUUGAGCAACAAAUCAGAGCGAUGAUUCUCCAGUUCAUCAAAAGAGAAUCGUGUCUGAUUCUGGCAGUAACUCCAGCUAAUACGGAUUUAGCUAAUUCUGAUGCGCUUAAAUUGGCCAAAGAAGUUGAUCCUCAAGGUAUUCGUACAAUAGGUGUUAUCACGAAACUAGAUCUUAUGGAUGAAGGCACAGAUGCCCGUGAUAUUUUAGAAAAUAAGCUCUUACCCCUUCGAAGAGGGUACAUCGGUGUGGUUAAUCGUUCCCAAAAAGACAUUGAAGGUAGAAAAGACAUAAACGCUGCCUUGCAAGCGGAAAGAAAAUUCUUUUACAGUCAUCCGUCGUAUCGACAUAUAGCGGAUCGUUUAGGAACACCCUAUCUUCAAAGAGUGCUCAACCAACAAUUGACAAAUCAUAUUCGAGACACGUUGCCCAGCUUGAGGGAUAAAUUGCAGAAACAGUAUCUGACUCUAGAGAAAGACGUGGAUCAGUUCAAACAUUUCAGACCCGACGACCCGGCUAUUAAAACAAAAGCUAUGCUCCAGAUGAUACAGCAGUUGCAAGUAGAUUUUGAUAGAACGAUAGAAGGUUCCGGCUCAGCUCAAAUCAACACGAUGGAAUUAUCAGGUGGUGCUAAGAUCAAUCGGUUGUUCCACGAGCGAUUUCCCUUUGAAAUAGUCAAAAUGGAGUUCGACGAGAAGGAGUUGCGGAGAGAAAUUGCCUUUGCAAUCAGGAAUAUCCACGGUAUCAGAGUUGGAUUGUUUACUCCAGAUAUGGCGUUCGAAGCAAUAGUUAAAAAGCAGAUAUCCCGCUUGAAAGAACCGUCACUCAAGUGUGUGGAUUUGGUUGUACAAGAAUUAUCAAAUGUCGUUCGAAUGUGUACAGAUAAGAUGUCAAGGUACCCUCGUUUAAGAGAAGAAGCAGAAAGAAUCAUAACUACUCACAUCAGACAAAGAGAACAGUAUUGUAAAGAGCAGCUCUGCUUACUCAUCGACUGUGAAUUAGCAUAUAUGAACACCAAUCACGAAGACUUUAUAGGAUUUGCAAAUGCUCAAAACCAGUCGGAAAGUGCCACUGCCAAAGGUACUCGUGGUACGCUCGGUAACCAAGUCAUUCGUAAGGGUUACAUGUGCAUUCAUAACUUGAGUAUGUUGAAGGGUUCGAGGGAUUACUGGUUCGUUCUCACUUCUGAGAACAUUUCGUGGUACAAGGACGAAGAGGAACGGGAGAAGAAAUACAUGUUGCCUUUGGAUGGACUCAAAUUGAGAGACAUCGAACAGGGCUUUAUGUCGAGAAGGCAUAUGUUUUCUAUUUUCUUUCCGGAUGGCAGAAACGUGUAUAAGGACUACAAGCAACUUGAAUUGAGCUGCGAAACUUUGGACGAGGUUGACUCGUGGAAAGCUUCUUUCUUACGUGCUGGUGUGUAUCCAGAAAAACAAACUGAAACUUUGAAUGGGGAAGAUAGUAAUCAUUCUGAUGUAAGUUAUUUUCAAAUUGAAUUAUGUGGUACGGUAAUUGGUUUCUUUUUGGUAGUUAUGCUUAUUUGCUUCUCCUUUAACAAGGGUAUAGACACUUGGGGCAUUUGUAAUGUGUUUGAAUUUUCUGAAACAUUGAUUUCAUAGAAGAGAUAAAUCAAG